AUGAUACAUUUUAGUGCACAUUCGCGUGAGAAAUUCCUAUCGGAUUUGCGGAAAGCCCGAGAAAUCACUGAUGUGAAUGAAACGAACGAUUUUCUGGACAAAAUGCGCUGCCGCCUGGACAAUCCGGAUGUGUUGUCUGUCGACACCGUACACCAGUUGAUGAUCUCAUACAGAGACAAUCAAAACUACAACGGGAUGAUUAGUUUGGUCGAAGAUCUAAGCCGCAUAGAGGAUUGUACCUUGGUCGACACACAAGUCAUUCGUUACCAAUAUGCGUUCGCACUGGCAAGGCGUAAUAAGGAAGGUGACAGUGAGCGUGCAUUAGCUACGGUCAUGAAUAUCAUCGAGUCAACAGCCGACAAAGAAGCUCUGAGUCCCGACGUUAUCUGUUUGGCGGGUCGAAUCUAUAAAGACAAAUUCAUCGCUAGCAACUAUGAAGAUCGUGAAGCAUUAAAUAAUGCAGUGUCAUGGUAUCGGAAAGCUUUCGAGAUGUCUCCAUUAGAGCAUAGUGGCAUUAACCUCACGACCUUAUUACGAGCAAGUGGUGAACACUUUGAAAACAACACUGAAAUGCAACAGAUAGCAGUGGUUUUGAAUUCACUUCUGGGAAGAAAAGGCGCUUUACAUCAGCUCACCGAUUACUGGGACGUUGCCACGUAUUUUGAGGUGUCCGUCCUAGCUGAGAACUAUCAGAAGGCUUGCGAAGCAGCGUUGAAAAUGGCAAUGUUGAAGCCGCCGCAAUUCACAUCAUCAUAUCUCACACUAAACGUUGCCGAAAAAUCGAUGAUACUUAGCCAUGUGCUUGAAAAUAGUCAGCAGAAAAAACCUCCACCUGGUAUCCAUCGUUGGCACUUCACUGCUGGCAAUAUUAAAGCGGUUUCGGCUUCAAAACGUGACGACCGUUCAAUGUUUCUUUACGUACAUGAGAACUCGGACGAUUUCAACCUCGUGUUUCCGUCAGCUGCCCACUGCAACAAAGUCAUAAACACUCUAAUGGAAAUGACUGAGGGUGACGGCAAUCAAGGAAAGGUACUCUCUAAUCUGGAUGGAGAAAAGAUGCAUUUCGAAUACGAGUUGACUUCUACUGGUGAGCGAGUGGUACUCGGCAAGGGUACAUACGGAGUAGUAUAUUCGGCUAGAGACGUAACGACACAGCGACAAAUUGUCGUAAAAGAGAUUGAAGUGAAAUACGAUGAAGAGGUGCAACCACUAAUGGAGGAGAUUAAUCUACACUCAACGCUCAGCCAUCAGAAUAUCGUACAGUACCUUGGCUGUGAUGUUGUACACAGGGAUACAGGCAAUGAUGUGUUUCUGAUUUUUAUGGAGCACGUUCCCGGAGGAAGUUUGAGCAGUUUAUUACGGUCGAAAUGGGGUCCUUUAAACGAGCCAGCCAUGGUCUUAUAUGGAAAACAGAUCCUUGAAGGCCUACGAUAUCUUCACGAGCAGAAAAUCGUCCAUCGUGAUAUCAAAGGUGAUAAUGUGUUGGUGAACACUUACAGUGGAGUAUGUAAGAUCAGUGAUUUUGGUACCUGUAAGCGUUUGGCUGGUUUGAAUCCCGUCACAGAGACCUUCACUGGUACCUUGCAAUACAUGGCGCCAGAAGUCAUUGAUCAUGGUCAGCGCGGUUACGGUGCACCAGCAGACAUAUGGAGCUUCGGUUGCACGAUGGUUGAAAUGGCUACGGGGCGACCACCAUUCGUCGAAAUGCAAAACCCUCAAGCCGCUAUGUUCCGUGUGGGAAUGUUCAAGACGCAUCCACCGCUUCCAAACGAUAUUUCGGAGAAAUGCCGACAUUUUAUUAAAAGGUUGGGCUUAUUGAAAGGUCUGGCGCUAUGCGGGCAUUAG